AUGGAAGAACUGGUGGUGGAGGUCCGUGGCUCCAACGGGGCUUAUUACAAGGGCUUUAUCAAAGACAUCCACGAUGACUCUCUCACCAUUGCCUUUGAGAACAAUUGGCAGCCAGAACGCCAGGUGCCCUUCAGUGAUGUCAGGAUGCCACCACCCGCGGACGCUAAGAAAGAGAUUGGAGAGGGCGAGGAGGUGGAGAUCCUCUCCAGAGCCAAUGACCAGGAGCCUUGUGGUUGGUGGUUGGCUAAAGUCCGCAUGAUGAAAGGAGAUUUCUAUGUGAUUGAGUACGCAGCCUGCGACGCCACCUACAACGAGAUAGUCACCUUUGAGCGUCUGCGUCCGGUCAACCCCAACAAGGCAAUCACCAAGAACUCCUUUCACAAGUGCAGUGUCCCUAUUCCUCAGGAUCUACAAGAAGCGUGCCAGAGUGAGAACGCUCAUAAGGAUUUUAAGAAAGCCGUUGGAGCCUGUCGCAUCUCAUACUGCCCUGAGGCCAGCGAGCUUGUGAUUGUGUCCACCAACGAGACGACGGUGAAGCGUGUGUCUUUGCUGAGUGACAUGCACCUGCGCAGCCUCAGGACCAAGCUGUUGCUAAUGUCACGCAACCAAGAGGCCACAAAACACCUGGAGAGCUCCAGACAGCUGGUGUCAUCCUUCCAGGAGGAGUUUAUGGUGAGAACAGAUCUGAUGGGCCUGGCCAUCGGCAGCCACGGCAGCAACAUCCAGCAAGCACGGAAAGUUCCAGGUGUCACUGCCAUCGAGCUGGAUGAGGAGACCGGCACUUUCAGGAUUUAUGGAGAGACAGCAGAAGCUGUAAAGAAAGCCAGAAACUUCCUGGAGUUUAUUGAGGAUUCUGUCCAGGUGCCAAGAAACCAUGUCGGCAAAGUGAUUGGUAAAAACGGUAAGGUCAUUCAGGAGAUUGUGGACAAGUCUGGCGUGGUGAGGGUCAGGAUAGAAGGAGACAAUGACAACAAGCAGCCCCGACAAGAAUCGACACAGGGAAUGGUCCCUUUCACCUUUGUCGGCACUAAGGAGAGUAUUGGCAAUGUUCAGGUCUUGCUGGAGUACCACAUCUCUUACCUCAAUGACAUGGUGGAGCUUCUUGCCGAGAGCCAGCAGCUAGAGGAAGAGCUGAAGCAGAUUGUGGAUUAUACACAGGGAAGCAGCCUAGCAAGAUUGAGAAUAAGCAGCACGAGGGACACAGGAUGUGAUGUAGAUGAGGUUGAACAGCUGCGCCUGGAGCGGAUGCAGAUUGAUGAGCAGUUACGUCAGAUCACCCAGGGCCACCGACCGGCCGACAGGGAGAGAGGAGACAGAGGAGACAGAGGAGACAGAGGGGACAGAGGAGGAGGCUAUAAUGCUGAUGGCAGUGCAAAUGCCUCCUCGUCCAAUGUACAUGGCAGCCGCUCAUACAACGGACGAGGCCGCGGGCGCAGAGGCCACAGCUACAGCACUGGAUAUGGCACCAACUCGGAGCAGUCCAAUGCCUCUGAGACUGACUCUGAGCGCAAGGAUGAGCUCAGUGACUGGUCCCUGGCUGCAGAGGACCAGGACAGAGAGAGGGAGAGAGGCCAACGUCCACAAAGAGAUGGUCGUAGGAGGCCAGGACCGGGCAGAGGCCGAGGAGGCCCUGGAGGACGGGGAAGAGGAGGAAGAGGAGGAUACAACAACAGCUCUGCAGGGCCUCGGGAUAAUGAUGAUAACAACGCUUAUGGAGUCUUGGAGACAAACACUGAGACGGACCAGACGGCCGAUACAGAUGCCAGUGAGUCAACCUUGCCCGCCAACCGGCGCCGGAGAUCUCGGCGACGCAGAACAGACGAGGACGCCACACUGAUGGAUGGCAUGAGCGAGUCGGACAACGCCUCAGUGAGCGAAAAUGGGAUAGAUGACUCUGAAGCUCAGCCUCAGCGUCGUAACCGUAGUCGACGUCGCCGCAUCCGCCUGCCUGAAGAGAGGCAGCCAGUGACAGUGGCUGACUACAUAUCCCGGGCUGAAUCUCAGAGCAGGCAGAUGACAGCCCAGGACCCCAAGAAAAACAAAGAUGUGGGUCAGGUGGAUGCCAUUGCUGAGCACAGCCCGCAGUCUAUCCCAACAACCACCAACGGCUCUAACAGCAACAACGCUGCAGACAGUGAGGACAGCAACGCUCCAAGGUCUCCUGAGAGGCCCGCCACAGUCUCCUACACGGAGGACUCUAACCCGCAACCCGUUGUUAACGGACUCUCCUAGUAGCCCCCAGCAAAAGGAAAUGGUUUCAAAUAUUUCAACUUCUCUGGCUGCGCUUGAUUGAACCCCCGUUGUCUCUUGAGCAGCCUCAAAAGUGAAUCUUAACAUUUAAAUACAACAAGCACUGUCCUUUUUUACUUUAGGAAUAUUUGAAACCUGUUCCACUCUGCAAAUUUUAGAGGUCUGUACCUUAACCUCCCCUUUACACGUGUUCUGUCCAACUAUACAUGUUGUUACUGUUUUUUUUUUUUGGUUUGUCGUUUUUUUUUUUUUAACAAUAGUUCUUCCUGUAUGAGCUUGCCAAAGAUAGUCAAACACACACAGACUUACAGUCAUCUCUAUGUAACUGUACUAUUCAGUCCACUCUUCAUUGAGAGCUCACUCAGGGAGAGGAAGGACUGAAUGCAGUAUUUAUAAAAAUGUAGACAGGGAUUUCACUCAAACCCAUACUGUGGUAUGAAUGCAGCAGAUCUUUUUUAUUGGUAAAAAAACAACAAAAAAAAUAUCAUAGCAGGGUUUAAAAAAAAAAAAAAAACAGAAAAAAAUGUCUGUCUUUUACCAGGUGGACACGGAUAAGAAGCUUCCACUUUUUUUCAGGAUGUUUUGUGCAUCUGAAGUAGUUUGUACCUUAAUUGUUCUGCAUGAACAGUACCACAGUGCAGAUAGGUUUGUUGGAAACCCAAGUAUGUUUGACAUACAUGUGAUCAGCUGUUGUGCCUUGAGAGUAGUUUCAACAUGUUGUUGCCUGGCUCUGCACACUAUCUGAAAUCUUUUCACUUAUUUCUGUGUUUCUUAGUUGCCCUCGCCUGCCACAGUUGAACCAGAUGAACUGUCUUUUUUGUGCUAAUUGUUUCCUCAUGGCGCUGUAAGCAGGCGGAGGCAAACACUGAAAGACCCUAAAAGGAUUUCAGAGGCAUAUCUUUUUAAAAUCAGGUGUGUCUGUUCUUAAUGUUUGUGGGGAAAAUGAGUCCAGUUUAUCCUUUAUAUAUCUGUUGAGGAGUUUGACGUUAGCUGCUUUCUGUUUUUCAAUAUGCAACCACUUCGGUCAUAGAAGAAAUGUUAUUACGGCGUGUCUGGAAAAGAAACAAUAGGAAAGUUGUUUUCUUUGCACUGAAACAUAACCUUUUUCUGUUAAUUGUAGUUGGGUCUGGAAACUGGCCUGUUACUGUGUAGUGCUGGACAGAUGUAGCCAUCAGUGCUGGGUUUCCUGGAAACAUCUCACAGCGAACCACUGGGGCAGUUUUUGAUCAAAUGUAACGAGAUGGAUGAUGCGAAGGUUGUUUCCUCCCGGACAUCCAUUUAAAUCAAGAGAUUGAAAGAGCAUGUUUUUAUGUGUUGAUCAUAAAGAUUAACAACACCCUUCACAUGCCUACUCUUGCAGCCUGUUUGACCAAUAAGAAGCAGCAGGUAAAGACUAUCCUGUGGUGUUGAUGUUUCUAGAAAACCAAGCCCAGGUGACAAUGAUGUCAUUUUCAUGGUUCUUCCACAGACCGGCUGGCUGGAAACUGGUCAUGACUGUUCCACUAAGGAAGGAGAUUUAUUUGGUUUAUUUAUUUUUAAAAAAUGUACAGUAUUUAAAAAAAACAAACAAACAAAAGAAACUUCUUUCUUGACACUAAAACAUGCGAUGCCUGUCGUUUUCUUCUGAGACAAAUGACAAUUUGGACUACUGACAGUUGUGACAUCCCAAGUAUUUUUGUUGGGUCGACUACAGUAUGGUUUUUUUUUUGGUGUUUUUUCUUUUUUUUUUUUUAAAGGAUCGUUCUGGUUGGUUGAUGUGCAAUAUGUUUUGUAUGCAGGUAGUUCUUAAAUAAACUUGAUCUUCCAUGUAGAUCUAAAACUCAA